AUGGCAUCCUCAGUGACAGUCGCCAUUCCAAACGGCCAGCCUGGCUACUCCUUCUCGCAAGCUCCCCAAGUCACCGUCAACUCAGGGCCUCGUCAACAUGCUGGCUUCUACCCAUACACCGAUAACGGUGGUAGCACGCUCGGAAUCUCUGGCGCCGACUUCACCAUCAUGGCAGGCGACACCCGCCACACCUCGGGCUACAACAUCAACACCCGCUACGCCCCCAAGCUCUUCCGCAUCGGCGGCGAGGGUCCCGAAAAGACCGGCGCCCGCAUAGUUCUCUCCGUCGUUGGUUUCGCCGCCGACGGCAACGCCCUAGCCGAGCAACUCGAUACCAUCGUCAAGAUGUACCACUACCGCCACAACAAGCCCAUGACCGUUUCAGCUUGCGCCCAGCGUCUCUCCCACAUCCUCUACAACAAGCGUUUCUUCCCUUACUACGUCCACGCUAUUCUUGCUGGUCUCGAUGAGGAAGGCAAGGGUGCUCUGUACUCUUACGAUCCUGUGGGCAGUUACGAGAGAGAGCAGUGCCGUGCUGCUGGUGCUGCCUCGAGUUUGAUCAUGCCCUUCCUCGACAACCAGGUCAACUUCAGGAACCAGUACAUUCCCGGCUCAGGAGAGGGUCACGCCCUGCAAGCCCGUGUUCCCGAGCCUCUGCCUCAAAAGGAUGUCGAGGAGAUUGUCAUGGACGCCUUCACCAGUGCCGUUGAGAGACACAUCGAGGUCGGUGACGGUCUGCAGAUGAUGAUCAUCACAAAGACCGGCAUCGAAGAGAGAUAUGUGCCACUCAAGCAAGAUUAG